AUGUCGCACCAGCAAAGCCAGGGUGCUGUCACAGACUAUGCCCCGCAGGUCGGCGUCCAGUGCCCCGACGUGUCCAUAAACCCCCUCAUCCGCGUGUUCACGCCCCAAAACCAAUCAUUACAUCCACGCGAGCAGGAGUACAUUAAAGGACGCCAGGCGGUCAUCGAGGAUGCUUGGGCGGACUGGCUGGGGGAUGGGUCAGGUGUAAGUUACAAUGUCAGCGCGUUUGCAGGGCACUUCCCCAAAGUCGGCAUGGCCAUCCCUGGUGGCGGCCUGCGAAGUGCUCAAUAUGGUGCCGCGUGUCUGAAUGGGCUGGAUAGUCGCAAUGAGCGGGCGAAGCAGGCUGGAACGGGCGGUCUCCUGCAGGUCUCAUCCUAUCUGACGGGACUCUCUGGCGGUUCAUGGGUUACCUCUUCGCUUGUUUUCAAUAACUGGCCGACUGUCGAAGACCUGGUCUUCGGGAAUGGCAAGGACCUGACCGGUUGGCUGCUUGACCUCUCACUCGCUACGCCAGACGGUGUCAACAUUCUCAGCGACAAGAACCAGGAAUACUAUGGCAGUCUACUCUGGAGUACAACCCGGAAUAAUUUCUUCACUAACGACUCAGCGCACGGAGCUGGCCAGUUGUUCUCAAAGAUACCAGACAUCCCGGCGUAUCAGCAGCAUCAAAUGCCGUUCCCAAUCCUCGUCGCUGAUUCGCGUCCAGUGGGGUCCAACUUGACCACCAUUCUGGGUCUUGACCCAGUUGUCUACGAAAUCACACCCCUGGAAUUCGGGUCGUACGAUCCUAACUUGUCGGCCAUGGUGAACAUCACCUAUGCUGGUACACAUCUAACUAACGGAAUACCGGUAAAUGGGUCUUCGUGCGUCACUGGCUUUGACCAGGCCGGAUUCAUGAUGGGCACUUCCGCUAGCUUAUUCAACCAACUGUUUGACUUCGCCCGAAACACUAUCGCAGGGUUCUCUGAUUCUGAUUCUGCUGGUUUGCUGUACGUUCUGUCACGGCAAUUGCAGGAGGUCCGCACGCGCGCAGAUGAUGUCGCCAACUGGCCGAGUCCUUUCAAUGGUCUCAACCCGAGGACGUUCGAGGAUUCCGAUGCGACUUGGUUAGAACUUCUGGAUGGGUCGUCGAACCAGGAGAAUAUCCCAUACAGCCCGCUGUUCGUCAGGUCGAGGGAGCUGGAUGUUAUCGUCACUAUAGAAGGGAGCGCAGAUGAUGCCACCGCCUGGCCCAAUGGUACGGGGCCUAUCUUCAGUGCCCGAAGGCAGUCUACCAUUCUGCGGGCAUCGCAUCAGCAGUUCCCUCCAAUCCCUCCGACACCUGAUGCAUUCAUUGAAACGGGCGUCAGGGCCCGGCCAACAUUCUUUGGCUGCGACCCUAUACAGACGCCUCCCGAAUGGCCGCUGAUGAUCUAUCUUCCUAACGCCCCGCCCAUCAACGGCGACGAUCCUGUCACCAACACGGCAACGUUUGCGCUCUCAUAUACGCAAAAGCACCAGAAACUAUUCUUCGACCAGGUCUUCAACCUCACCACCCAGGGCUUUACACCCAACUCGCAGUUGCCCGAUCCCAAUUUCGGCGUCUGUCUCCAGUGUGCAGCUAUCGAUCGCGCUCGCCUGAAGAUCACCCCCGUACCGUCGCGCUCGGCGAUAUGCACACAGUGCUUCCAGCAGUACUGCUUCGAUCCGCAAAAUCCCCCAAGCAAGUCCGCGCUGCCAGGGCGUAAGCUGGCGUUCGUCGAUCCCGACCCGCAGGGGUUGACGAAAGUAAAUGGGUUCUUGAGCUCGAAUAUGUACAAGUUGAUUGGUGGGCUUGCGGGCUUGGUUGGGUUCUUGUUUGUCUUGAUACUCGGACUGUUGUGGUGGCGGAAGCGUCGGGAGCGCAAGACCGAAUAUCAUCAAGUUAGCGGCCUCCAUGACGAGGAUGACGCUCCUUGGAAACGUUACUCAGAUUCCAACACCAAAACUCAUGAGGCGUAUGAGAUGCCUGAACAUCGGGGUUCCCUCGUUUCCCGCUGA